AUGCAACAGAAUGACUAUCAGGAUGAAACCGAAUCCAAGGAAAAUCCAAAGAAUAUUAAUACCAAAACCGACUUAGAAAGAGGAUAUUACCCUACGAGUUUCAUUGCUCCUAAUUAUAGACAAGAUCAAAAUAACAUCGAAAAAGCUUUAGUACUCUUAUCAAUAAUUUUGGUCAUAUUAGCUUUCCCAGCAUCUUUACUUUUAUUAUUUGUGAGCGUACACCAAUUUGAAAGAGUGGUGAUACUGCGUAACGGGAAAAUACGCAAAAAUCGUGCCUAUGGCCCUGGACUGGUCACUUAUUUGCCUUGUGUUGAUGACGUGAAAAGUAUCGAUCUCAGGAUAAACUGCUACUGUGUGCCACCCCAAGAAGCAUUAACCAAGGAUUCUCUAACAAUAUCAGUUGAUGCGGUAGUCUAUUAUAAAGUGCGCGAUCCUAUGUCCGCAGUGAUGAAUGUUGCUGAUUAUAAAACAUCGACACAAUUACUGGCAGCUACGACACUACGGAAUGCGAUAGGCAAUAAAAAAUUAGUCGAGCUGUUGAUCGACAAGCCAGCUAUGAACCAGCAGAUAUUAGAGCAGAUGAACAAAUUCACGAAAAGAUGGGGUAUUCAGGUCCUGCGAGUUGAUAUAAAAGAUAUUAGACUGCCAAUUCAGCUUCAGAAAGCAAUGGCAGCUGAGGCUGAGUCAUCCAGAUUGGCAAACGCAAAAAUAAUCGUGGCGAAAGCAGAAAUAGAAUCGAUUGUGAGUCUUCAAAAAGCAUCAGCUAUACUCGCUGAGAACCCGUUUUGUAUGCAGUUACGAUACCUCCAAUCUUUACAAAUGAUGUCAGGAGAUAACUCGCAUACAAUAGUGUUCCCUUUUCCGACAGAAUUGAUGAAAAAACUAUUCAAGUAG